CUCUGGGCACCGGGGCUCGCGUCUCACUGGCUCGCUGGGUUCCUGGAGCGGAUCCGGGGCAAGAGGGAAGAGAGCUCCGGGUCAAGGGCCGCUGCUGCCCGGACUCGGCUGCCAGCCCGCGCUCGGCGGGGCCGCCAGCCAGGAGUCUCAGCUGGUUGGUUGUGGUGGCGCAUGCCUUUGAUCCCAGCACUUGGAGGCAGAGGCAGGUGGAUCUCUGAGUUCAAGAUUGGAGCCAGUGUGGACAAUCCAAUCAAACAGAAGGAGGCUUGUUCGCUAACAUAGUUGACUCACGGUGGCUCCUCAGGUGCCUUCAGGAUGCCAGCGGCACUUGUGGAAAACAGUCAGGUCAUCUGUGAGGUGUGGGCCAGCAACCUUGAAGAAGAGAUGAGGAAGAUCCGGGAGAUUGUCCUCAGCUAUAGCUACAUCGCCAUGGACACAGAGUUUCCGGGUGUUGUGGUUCGACCAAUUGGUGAAUUUCGAAGCUCCAUAGAUUACCAGUAUCAGCUUUUGCGGUGCAAUGUUGACCUUCUGAAAAUCAUCCAGCUGGGCCUCACAUUCACAAAUGAGAAAGGGGAGUACCCUUCUGGAAUCAACACAUGGCAGUUCAACUUCAAGUUCAACCUGACAGAGGAUAUGUACUCCCAGGAUUCCAUCGACCUCCUUGCAAACUCAGGGCUGCAGUUCCAGAAGCAUGAGGAGGAAGGGAUCGACACACUGCACUUCGCAGAGCUGCUUAUGACAUCGGGAGUGGUUCUCUGUGACAAUGUCAAGUGGCUUUCAUUUCACAGUGGUUACGAUUUCGGCUACAUGGUAAAGCUGCUGACAGAUUCUCGAUUGCCAGAAGAAGAACAUGAGUUUUUCCACAUCCUGAAUCUUUUCUUCCCAUCCAUUUACGAUGUGAAAUACCUGAUGAAGAGCUGCAAAAAUCUUAAGGGAGGUCUUCAGGAGGUGGCCGAUCAGUUGGAUUUGCAGAGGAUUGGAAGGCAGCAUCAAGCAGGCUCAGACUCCCUGCUGACAGGGAUGGCUUUCUUCAGGAUGAAAGAGCUAUUCUUUGAGGACAGUAUUGAUGAUGCCAAGUACUGUGGGCGCCUCUAUGGCCUGGGCACGGGCGUGGCUCAGAAGCAGAAUGAGGAUGUGGACUCUGCCCAGGAGAAGAUGAGCAUCCUGGCCAUGAUCAACAACAUGCAGCAGUGACAGCACGUGCAUCCUGCCGCCUGGGCCAUCUCCCAGCCACUGACCUGCGGCGUCUGCUCCGAGCAGAGACUGGGUUUCUGUUUAAAGAUGCCUUUAUUUUAGAUCCAGAAGAAGGGGUUUGCUCUGAAUCUGUAAACAAGUCUUCCUUGUCCUCAUGCCCACGCCCCUCUGCUGCCUCCUGCCACCAGCAUCCAUGGCUCCGUGGACACCUUUUUAAACCUCCGGGAUGUCUGAAACAAACCAGUAAAAUGUAUCUGACUCUUGUGUGUUGUCCUUCUUGUUCUUUUGGCUUUGCAGCUCUGAUGAUAUUCAGAUGAGCCGAGGCUGCCAGGGAACAUGGUGUGUGUCCUUGGGAAGUAGGUCUGCAGCAGCAACAGGCUCUGCUGGCCCUGUCAGUGCUUCUCCAGACGGCAGUCCUGACUUAAAUUGAUUCCAUGA